CCUUGAGCCGUCGUUUAUCCUUUUUCAUCCACAUCCACAUCCACCCCCUCCCUCAUCCACCAGACUUUCACCAAACCUCUCCCAGACUCCCGCCCAACCAUGGCCACUGUCGUCGUCCCAAUCGAUCCCUCCAACAUCCAGUGGGUCGUCAAUCACCAGACCAUCCGCCAGUCCCCUCAGUGCCAGCCCACCGGCUCAUCGCCCAUCACCAUCGUCAGCGAGGCCGGCGACUUUGUCCGAGCCACCAACCGCUGCUACUGCUACGCCGCAAGUUCGACCAACCCCGGCACAUGCUACUACUUUUCCCUUUCCACCACCAACCACACCAUCAGCCAGUACGGCUGUGGCCAAGACACCACCUGCACCAAGGGCUGCACGAUCGUCGAUCAGUUCUCCACCACCACCUCCAGUCCCUGCUCCACCAACUAUCUGACUGGAGCCUACAGCAGCAGCGACUACACCAGCACCAGCGUCUGGGACUCUGCCCUCAACACCAAGUAUUUCGUGUACUACACCUUCAGCUUGAACGACAACUCUUGCGGGGUCGUCAGCAACGUCAACCGAGCCGCCAUCUACCCCACCUGCACCCAGUUGAUCAACAACGUCUACUCCAUCACCCUCCAAAACUCCAACGGCAACGUCGACCAAUACGCCUGCACCGAUGCCGGCUGCAACAGCUGUGUCCUCGCCAACACCCUGGCCGUGAGCAACGUGUGCGGCCUCGACUCUACCGACUCGGGCACCUACUUCACCCUCUAUCGGCGCGGCGGUGUGUUCAACGACCCGUCGCUGGUCCUGCCCACAAAGUUCCCGAACCAGACCACCACCAACCCACCCACAACCACGCCGGGUACCGGCUCAACCUCCAACUCCAGCAACAUUCCCAUGAUCGCUGGCAUCGCCGGUGGUGUGGUGGUUGUGAUUGCCCUUGUGCUCGGAUUUGUGUUCUGGAACCGCUCCCGCUCCAAGCAGGCCGUUCCUGAAUCGACCAAUCUUGGAAACACUCACGCUCAUCCCGGCGUUUCCUAUCCCCCGGUCUCCAACACCGACCCGCUUCUGCCCAAGCAACAACUCGCCAAUGCCCCAGUGGCCCAUGGCUACCAGCCCCAGUUUACAGGCGCUCCAGUGGGCGCUCCUUAUGCCGCGCCCGCAGGAUACGCUCCCGGCAACCCGUACGCUGCCCAGAACUACUCUGCCCCCUAUGCCGCCCCCGGCACUUCUUAUGCUGCCCCUGCUCCUGGUGCUCCCUACCCUGCUCCCGGCACGUCCUAUGCCCCACCUGGCUCCUACCCCGCUCAGUAUCCUAACCCUGCGUACGGUUCUUACCGCGACCCUGCUGUGAACGAGCCUGCUCCUCCCUACGCCCUCGUCGAUCCCUCGUCCCACAGCUCUGGCCAGGCCCCCUCUACCGGCUACCAACCCUCGGCCCAUCCCUUGUUCGGGGCAAGCUCCAGCAACGGCGACGAAAAGUCGCAGUUUUCCUCCCCUUACCAACAGCCCCGUCCCUAACGGCUGCGUCCUCUCACUGCGCCUCACCGAUGUGGAUGCAUUCCUGUCGGACACGCACGAUUGCGCUGCUGUUGGCUGUUUCUUGAUCACCUGGCCCAGACGCCUCGACAAUC